AUGCUGUCGCAAGCUGCGCCGGCUGUCGCUGCCAAUGCGACGUUUGGCCAAAUGACGGAGCAAGUGCAAGAUGUGCCAAAGGUGCUUGAGCUUCUCCGCUCGCAGCCAGAUCAUUACGUCGUUGCCUCUAUUACAGGGCGCACAUUUGUUUUGGCAUUAUCUGAUCUGAUCACACUGCCACGUUUGCGGGGUGUCGAAGUCGGCGACGUCCUCGAGCUCGACCGCGUGCACGAAGUAGGCAGUCGAAACUACACGCUCCGCGCCCAAGAUCCUGCAUCGGGCAGGCGCAAGGCGCAAGGCGGCCGAUUUCCGUUAGUCCUUGUGCAGCAGAAUGAUGGGGACAAGACCGUUCGUGUGGAUAUGGUGUCUACGGAUACAAAAAAUGCCGAGCCGGCGUCGGUCACGCCAUUUUCUCCUUCUUGGGCUGCACAGCUGCUGCCGUCGGGUCUUGCACAUGUCGGUGCAACGCUGCCAGCUGAUGUGGUGUGCGUCCGGUGCGUCGUAGUAGAGCACACCAAAGGGCCUUUGGAACGCAUCGUGAAAUUCAAGCGCCGCAAGGGAUACCGCAAAGUGAUUACGCACAAGCAGCCAUAUACCCGCGUUCGUGUGGAUGCUCUUACACUCGGCGCUGUUGAUAGAGAUCGGUAG